GUGCGCAAGCCUGGUGGCGUCCAGAGGGCUUUUUUCAGCGAGCAGCUUUCGCUUCCUGGCCCUGCAAAGACAAUGGGCGAGCUGCACGCCGAACUCAAGCGCAUUCGAACUGAGGAGCCUGAGCGGUUCGCAGAUCUCCUGGAGAAGGGGCAGGACGCAACCGCUCGUCAUCGCCUGCACGGCGUUGACCAGCCCUUUGGGCCAACUAAGAGGCAGCGGCAGCGCGCUGAACGCCAGGACGCUGCGCGAGCUGCAUCACUCCUCGGAGACAGCGGUGGCGCAGGAGCAUCUGGGGCUCUCGUCAGGUUUGCGCCAGGGUCGGAGCUCGAACUAUCAUCUUGGAAUGCUGUUACAGAUGUGAUGGCAACUGCCAGGGCUGCUAGGAAGUCAGAGAAGGCAGCGAGCGCUGCCCGCACCAAGCGGCUCGAGGAGUAUAUGAACAGCCAACUGGACGUCAUCAGCUCGAGGUUCCCUGGCCUUGCAGACCUCGACGUGCCCGCGACAGACUUUGUACCAACGCCUCCAUUAUCAGAGCUCUUCACGCACUGGGAGUUCAGCCCAAUUGAGUUGCUUGAGAAGGCGAAGGAGAUCAUUGCCCUUAGCAGGCGCACGCCCCUCGGCCAGGGCGUGCAUGAUGCCAUCCUGCGUGAUUGGGUACGAGCGCACGAAGUGGUGCAGCGCGGUGCAGCUAGCGAGCCUCUGCCAGAUCGCGACAAGAAGCCCGUUUGUUCUAUCUAUGGCACGUGCCUAUGCCACGGUGACGGCUUGGCGAGGUGGACAAUGCGGGAGAACUAUCGCAAGAAGGCUUGGGGCAGAGAGUUCAGUCCAUCGCUUCGCCCUGGCGCUCGUGAGAUGGUGACCGACGCCAAAGUAUUCGCAGUGUUCGUUGCCACUUCGCGAGUGGCAGACCCCGCCGAUGGGCCUCCGAAAGUUGUCAGCCAUUGGUGGUGUCACAGUGCCAAGCAACAGAUCUCGCCUCACAAAGCAAUUUUUCAUAUCAUGGACGGUCCAUGUGUGGCCUUUGAUGCAGACUGCGUUGUUGCUCCUGGGCAGGAGAUCACGCUUCGCCCUCGCGCGGAGUUCGAGAACGAUGUCGUUGCCAUGAAUCGUGUGGAUCGUUCUUUCAAAUGGAUGGUGACUUAUUUCGUCCUGAUGUCCGACAUGCGCCCAGUUGCCUCCGUCACUCCUAGCUGCAUCACAGUGGUUCCGCUGUCUGGCGCGCUGCUGCGCACGAUCUGGCCGCCGCGGUCGGGUUGCGCCUCUAAUCGGGCAUCGUGGGGGCAGCGCCCGCCCGACGACGGCUCUGACCCUUCCGAUGGAGACUUGCCUGCUGCUGAGCUAGACAGCGAACCCGACCGCGAGCCUGAUCUGGUGCCCGACGGCGACGGCGCAGCAUCGCCGCAUCGGUCGGAGUCGGAGUCCGAGGACAGCCCGACCAGCGACGACGGCGACCCUGCUGCCAUGCUCGAUGGUGAGGGCGGAGGCCCCAGCGGGGGGCCUGCUGGGCCGAAGAAUAUGUUGAAUCCAACGGUGCAUGUGCCUGGCGGCUACAUCGUGUAUUAUCAUGCGAGUGGAGAUUUCUAUGGUUACUGUAGCAACCGCGAAGAGCACGGCAGAUGCCAGAUCACGCGGACUGCGCGCCCUGGGCGCAGAGCGGCCCAGGGUAGGCCAUUGGGUUUCAUUGCGGCGCGGCUUGCCCAGUGCAGGUGCGCAGCUUUCCCAACGAAGUUUUUACAUUUGCACGCCUGCCAGCCUGCCUUUGCGGACCGCGCGGCGGCGCGCCAGGCAUUAGAGCAGCUGCCUGACGCGGAGACCCUGCUCAGGCACGAGCGGGCGCUGCGCGACGGAGAGGGCCCAGAGCCCGCUUGA